CAAAAGUUUUUGAUUUUGUCGUCUUCUUCGACAUUUGCCAUCUUCACCUUCAAGUUAACAUCGCUGUGAUUCUAAUCUUUCUCUGGUGAAUUCGAUUCGAAGUAGCUAGCUAUAAUAAUCAAUGGCGUACGUGGACCACGCGUUCUCGAUAUCGGACGAGGACCUAAUGAUUGGGACUUCGUACACCGUCAGCAAUCGACCGCCGGUGAAGGAAAUCUCGCUCGCGGUGUCUCUCCUCUUGUUCGGAAUCCUGGGAAUCGUCUCCGGUUUCUUCAUGGCGUACAACCGAGUCGGCGGCGAUCGAGGCCACGGUAUCUUCUUCAUAGUCCUCGGGUGUCUUCUGUUUAUCCCGGGCUUUUACUAUACACGGAUCGCAUACUACGCAUACAAAGGAUACAAAGGUUUCUCCUUCUCAAACAUACCCUCCGUUUAACACGGUCUCUUCUUUCUUACUCCAUGUAUAGUACUGAGGGCAGGUUUUUAAUAUUGCUUAAUGACUAGUGUGAUGAUGUUUACAUGACUUGAAUGAUCCCUGUUUGAUAUGUACUCUCUUUUAAUUUCUCACUCUCUAUGUAAACAUAUACUACUUUGUCCGUGUUAGAAAAAAACAUGAAAUGCAAAACAACUAGUUUUAGUUAA